AUGCCACCAUCGUCAACGACGACGGCGACGACCCCCAAGUCUCCUGAGUCUGUCUCUGUUUCUAUUUUCUGGCCGAGAGGAACUUAUAGAGGACAUGGGGUGUGUUACGGGUGGUUAAAGCCUGCGGUGUGUGUCGCGGGUGUUCUUGAUGAACGAGGAGACCUCGAUAUCACUACUUUAGAUUCCCAAAAGGCACUCUCUGACGCGCUUUCUCACUCGCCGUUAUGGAAAGCUGUACAGUCCUCCUGCGAAGGCAACCCAAUUCCUCUGGGCCUAUGCGAGUUUUCUGGAGUUUCGACAAUUCCAACAUCUCUCAAACUAUGGAUGCUUCCUCCGAACAUUCCUGACGCAGAAAAUAGGACACUUUCGUUUUCCUUUGUGCUAUAUCGCCCCCAUGCACCCGAGUCACUCAGGUUCUACGUGAUGAGUCGCCCAGACGUAUCCAGAUCUCCAUCGUCUAUCAUUUAUGGUAUGGAUGAUCCAUAUCGGAAGUUGUCAAAAUACGAUUUUACGCGUUCGAAACCUCGACAUAUUGAUGAAGCAUUAAAUGAUACCGUUCUGAACCAGAUGAACGCAUCCUCGUUAGUCCAGAAAGCGCUCGAACAUCCUAAUAUAUCUCCGAAACUACUUCCAACGACUGCAUCGUUCUUGCUCGCCCUUGCAUCGUAUCUUGCAUCACUCUCUAAUCUUUCUCUUUGGCUUUCCAACGUUGCUGCCAAUGUGACCAACCUUCCUCUAUUUCCCAUCCCAACAUACGGCAGACUCGGAGACCGCUCAAAAUAUUUACUAUUAAAAGAUAUAUCGGCAACAGUGCAGCAAUUCGAUGUCCGAGUUGAACAAAUGGUCUUUUUUCUGACACAAAUAGCAACACUACAACGACAAAACACCAAAGAUAUUGCAAACUACUCCGACAGAUAUACCAACUUUUUUAAUACUGCAUGGCUCAUAAUGAACGACAUGACUAUUGGCUUCGCUUUUGGGGCCUUCCUGUCGGAAAACAAUAUAUAUCUCGCGGAAAGGGCAAAUGCUCUGGUACAGGAUCUUCUUUUUGAACUGCCCCAGACUGCUCUGUUCUGGCUCGACGCAUGGCCAGCUGGUCUCAAACUUAACACCCAGCUUAGCCAUUUUUAUGUAACCACGCUUAUUGGACUAAUGUUUGUUUUAAUAACAGCUAUUAUUCCCCCUCUCGCACCAUCUUUAUUCACAACUCUUGGAUUUCUGUCGUCUAUUGGAGGAUUUACGCUGCUCUUAUCCUUAAUUUCUGAUCUACUUUCCCUCUUUCUCACCGUCCAUCUUCGAGUAGGGUAUGAGCUGGCCAGAGUGGUCUAUUGGGCUGCCGGUGUCAAACUAGGUGGAGGUCUGCUCUGGGGAGUAUUUCGAGGCAAAAGACGAAAUGUCUUACGCAACCGUACCGAUACUUGGUCUUACGAUAUCGAUCAGCUCCUUUUCGGCACAAUUCUCUUUACCCUUCUUGCGUUCCUCUUCCCCACCGCACUCGUAUACUAUGUUCUUUUUGCGGCCCUCCGAUUGGCCACAUUGCUGUUUCAAGCGUGUAUUGAGACGCUGCUCGCAUUCAUGCAUCACUUCCCACUCUUUGCGCUUAUGCUGAGGGUCAAAGAUCCGUGGAGACUUUCUGGUGGGGUCUAUUUCAAUCUGCACGUUCCUAAUGGACCCAGUGGCGUAGAAUGUGCUUAUCUAUCGUUAGAGAACCAACCAAUCCCUCUUUCCGCCAUAUUUUUCCAAUACGUCGAGCUUUGGAAACGCCUGGCAAAGCACUACAACCCUUUGCGAUUGCUCUUUCAAGUGCUGACGGGGCAGCAUCUUGCAUCAAUACCCCGAUAUUCGAUACGCUACGCGCCUGAGGCUGCAGACACUGUACCCUUAAGCAAACAGAAAACCGAAUAA